CAUGGAAAUAACGUCAGGACGUCUGGUACUACAUCUGCUAACCAACAUUCAUCACGUUCUCAUGCAGUAUUUCAAAUCAUUCUCAGAAAAAGAAAUACGAAUAAAUUAUUUGGAAAGUUUUCUCUUAUUGAUUUAGCAGGUAAUGAAAGAGGAGCUGAUACGUCAAGUGCUGAUAGACAGACGAGAAUGGAAGGGGCUGAAAUCAACAAAAGUUUACUAGCUUUAAAGGAGUGUAUAAGAGCUUUAGGUAGAAGAGGAGCCCACACACCAUUCCGUGCUAGUAAACUAACACAGGUUCUACGUGAUUCUUUUAUAAAGGAAGGUUCGAGAACGUGCAUGAUUGCUAUGAUAUCACCUGGUAUGAGCUGUGUUGAAAAUACUCUAAAUACUUUACGCUAUGCUGACAGAGUAAAAGAAUUAGGACCAGGUGGUAAAGUUGAAGGUAAACCAGCCGAGGUGUCACCAUCAGAUAAUCUACCAUUAGGUACCAUGUCACCACAGAAUAGUGAUCUACAUAUGUUAAAAACUUCUAAUCAAGAAGAGGUAUCAGAAGAAUUAUUAUCAUUCCAUCAAGCUAUGAAUAAGAUGCAAGAAAUGGAAGAAGAAGUAAUAGAAGACCAUAAGUCAUUAGCAGAGCAAAAUCAGAAGUGGUUAUCAGAAGAUAAACGAUUGUUAAAAAUAACAGAAAGUGUUGAUUACGAUACAGAAGCAUAUGCUAAACAAUUGGAUGUUAGUUUAGUGAAGAGAAUACAAAUGUUAACAUCGAUGAGAGAAAAAGUUGCAACGUUUAGAAGAGAACUUCAAGAAGAGGAGACUUUAAGUAGAAAUAUAAAGGCUAGAAAACCACCUAGAUAAAUUCCCAACAAUUAUAAUCGUGUUUUGGUCAUAGCUUAUUUUAGGCGGUCCCAUUGUUAUUCUGUAAACAACUUGCCAAACAGCAUACUUAUGACUUGUUUCGUCUCUUUAUAAAUAAACGUGAUGUUUAAAUCUUGUUCGUGUAGCAUCUAAAUUACUAGACACUUGUUUUAAAACAAUAUGCAAAUGAGUAAAGAGUUUAUUCGAUGAAGUCUUAUGUCAUGUUUCGUGGGUAAAUUAUAGGGCUGCAACGAUUCAUCGAUGAAUUCUAAUGUCCUGUUUAGUAGGUAAAUUAUUAUGUUUUUUUGUUUUUUUAUUCAACGUGUUAUCAAAGAUAAAUUAUACAGUAAACGUCGUAUAAGUUGGAUCUAAGUGAACUUACUCAUUUUUUCUGAGUUAAGCGAAGAUCCGAGUUAGCCGAAGACCGAAAUUCAAUCUUAGCUCGAUUAGAAAUAAACUGCAGGAGGCGGAUAGUAAUUGAUUCAAAGGCACAUUUCAAGCUUUUGUUUGUAUGUGCGAGUAGAUAACUUCUGUUUUGGUGCGAUUAGAUAACUUCUGUUUUGUCGCCAUCUUUGAAAAAUGUCCUAAAUUUUCCCAGGAAAAUGUCUAUUACAGCAGACAGCCAGUUUCGAAUUUGACAAUAAAUUUCUAUCAAAUAAGGCUGAUUUGAAUCAAAAUAAUGGAAGGAAGUAUUUUGGUGCUCUGUGCAUGAAAUACCUAACCGCGGUUUAGACCAUCGGGACAAAACUGACAGUCAAAUUCUGAACAUACUGCUGAUCCGACUUAGGCAAAGGAAAAAAGCCAGAAUUAGAUCAAAUGGACCGAACAUUUUGAUCCGAGUUGAGCAAGGAACCGACUUAGGAAAUUUAAUAAGAAAAUCGUGCAGGAUCAAAGGGUCCAAACAAUUUUAUCCGAGUUGAGCAAAGAUCUGAAUUAUACGAUUCCGACUUAUGCGAGGUUUACUGUACUUUUUCUUUAUCAUAGAAUUUAUUACAAACUAUACGUGAUCUAAUUAUAAAAACCAAUAUACAUCAGUCUCAGUUGACAUGGUGUAAAAUUUAUCACAAAUUGAAAAGUGUUCAAUAUGAUGUUAUUAAAGAGGUACUGUCACUAGUAACCGUUGCUAAUGUUUAAAACAAAACAUAUUACCUAAUUUAACUAUGCAGUUAAAUUAGACAUGUGAAUAUUAAAUUGUGUGUUUAAUUUGAGAUUUAUCCAGCUAUCCAUAUUUUAAGAUAAGACAUUUCUUGUAAAUUGAUAAGACUAGGUUUCCACUGUCAUGUGAUGCGUUAGGAUUGUCCCCUAUUGAGUUCAUGAUCUGGUACAUGCAGAUACAUUCACUUACGUUUCGAUACGAUCAACACGAUUGCUACCACUGAAGACUGGAUAGGAUUACUCCAUGAUUUCAAUCGUAGCGCAAAUCAUGAUAGUGGGAACCUAGCUUUAGAGAUGACUCUUAUAUCUGUGGUGAUUUUCUGAUUUCACCGUAUAUGUUGCUUUAUGUAAGUUGUUUUCAAUUUUGGUAUAGAUAAUAAUACUUCUUGAAGUACUUUAUUCCCAAUCUUAUUAAAACACAGAUCCUAUUUCGUUUCAUUUUUUAUACUUCAAAAUCUCGUUAUACUUGUCUUUACUACACUAGGAUCUGGAAGAGUUGUUAUAUAACAAGCAUUCUGGUUGAAGUGAGGUUAUUAGCCAAUGAAACGGCCUGUUACGGGGAGUUCUCGGCGUAGGAUGCACAGAACUGUGGGUAAACCACUAGAAAUGUUAAUGCUGAUUGAUUAAUCAUAGUCUGAUGUCAUAGGGUCAAAAGCUACACGUAUAACACUUGACGCGACCUUCCACUACAACUUCCGCGACCUUCAUGUAGUGUAGGCCAUCAAAAGUUUAAGAAAAACGAAACGAAAUAUAGAUCUGUAUUUUGAUCAGAUUGCUAUUUUACACAUCCUCAAUUUUUAUUUACGUAUUUAUUAAUUAUAAAAGACGUCGAGUUAAUAAUGUUUAAAAUUUAUCCUUCUUGUGUUUUUGUUCUGUGUAUAAAUUAAUGCCAAGUGAAUCAUAAAGCAAUGAAUAAUUUAAUAUAUUUUUACGAAUUUCCCUUUAUUUAUUCUGGUAUUGUAAUAGCUCAAUAGAUCAAAAUAACUGGGACUGUCAGUAGUUUUAUUAGAACAAGUUUCCAUACAGUUUACAACUGUUUGUAAUCGUAUAUUGGAGGUUUAAUCAUAUGGUCCCAUCUUCCAUUAGCCCCAAGGGGGGAUGGGGUGAUGGCCGAAUGGUUAGCAUGUGCACACUGUAUCAUAAGGUCUGUCAUUGAGUCAACUUGUGUGGUUUCGAUUCCCCAGUUGUACGUGAUAAGGAGUAGAGUCGCCUGUCUUAGCCCAAAGGGGGAUGGGGUGGUGGCUGAAUGGUUAGCACGUGGCGCGCUGUAUCAUAAGGUCUGUCAUUGAGUCAACUCGCGAGGUUUCGAUUCCCCGGUUGUACGUGACAAGGAGUAGGGUCACCUCUCCAGCCUUGUGGGUUUUCUUAGGUCCUCCCACUGCUAAAAACCCACACGUGCAAGUGUGUUAGUCCUGAAAUGACCUAGUUUGUGUCGAGUGGACGUUAAAUCCCAUUUCUCUCUCUCCUCCAUUUAGCAGAAGUUUGUGCUGAUAGUGUAAAAUUAAACCAGACAUCUUGAUCAGCAAUCACACUUUUUGUGACGGAAAUAAAUCGAUUGCAAACGUUUAAAAACUAUAUGGAAACUAGCCAUUUCUAGUAAAUUUAAUAGUCUAUUUGAUAAACAGUUAGUCCAUUAUUUAGGAUCAAAUAUGAUUGUUUAUACGCUCACAUUAAAAUUUAGCUUUAUAAUGUUGUCCGCCCGUCUUGACGUUUUGUCGUUCAAAAUUGUUUGUUGAUGUUCUAGAGAUCAAGUUAUAACUGGGCUUGCCACAAGAUGUGAACGAGCGCACAUAACACUCACGCAAACUUGUUGCUGCGCGAGAAGAUGUUGCUCACUCAUGUCGUUCAAUGAAUAGUUGCUACCAAACUCGUUGCUUUUUGGGUCAGUAUUUAUUGUUUUUACAAAACUGAUGUUGUGAAACUGAAAGGUUUGCUAUUCUUCGUUUGUCACUGCCGCUGUACACACAUCGGUCGAAGAUUCCAACAUGUUGUACGUCACAAUUACAUCACUUUCUAAUUCAUAUUGACCAAUGAAACCAUGUGAGAUUUUGUGAGCAUGUUAUGUCAAUGGGAUCACUGUUUUAUUUUCAGCCAUGGGCUACACGGGGAUUCCAAACUUACCUGCCUAAAUUGAUAAAUAAAAAAAAUAUCAGAUUUUUCUUUUUAAUUUUAAAAUAACAUGUACAUUUCCUAUAUUUGGUUCAAACUUUUAAUCAAGUUGAAUUUACUGUUUUGUGUUAAUUGUUUCCAUGACAACACAUUUGCCAUAUUGGUAUGCGACCUAUUGCUCAUGUAAAGCGAAUUUGCGUGAGUAAAUUUAACCACUCGCAAAUUUUGCGCGAGUGCUUAAUUGCUCACAUCAUUAUCUUCUUGGCAAGCCCUGUAUAAUCUGAUUGACUUUAAACUUUAUACACAACAGUGUUUAUAAGAUGAAGAAUCCUAUUGAAUUUCUACAAUUUGAAUUGCUGUCAGUGUCUCUUAGUAAAGCCUUGUAGUAUCCUAGAUGAUUACUACAUGGAUUGUUGCCCUUGAUCUGAUUCCGAGUGUCUUUUAAAUCCUCCCAUCUCGUUACUUAUUCUAGAAUAAAAAUGUGACAGCCUUUAUUAACUGCUCAGACAACUUAGCUGCUAUGCACGUAUAUUUCGUUGCAUGGCAACCUAUCCUAUUUUAACCAUGUGAUUAUAUAUAAAGCUAUUAUGUGUUAUAAUGAAAAGCCUGCUGAAUUUAAGUAAAGACAAUGCUGUGAUAAAAUUAUUCUUUUAAAAGAUUUGCGUUAAUGUAUAUAAGGUAGUUCGCUGUAAUGUAUGUCGUAGUUUAGCUCUUGUUCAAUAUAGAUAGAUAAAUCGCCUUCAACCAAAGCGAACAUUGGGUCUUUUUAUAUUUCACGUACGUUCUAGACAAUAUAUACAACUAUAAAUAGAUCUGGAUAGUCCUGGAAAUAAUAUGGUCUGACACAUGGCCGUAAAUAGCUCAGAGCAACGAGGGGGGCGGGAAGUGUUUUCAAGGGUGCUGUAAUAUCUUUUGUUUUUAUGGUCAACAAUUUUUUCACGGGGGGGGGGGGGGGGGCUAGUCUGACAUUACUGAACUUGUACCGGACACUUCAAACUUUGUGCCGAAUAUGUAUUCAUAAUAUCAAUGAUAACACAGAAAAACACGAAUCAGUCGAGGAUAAAAUGACUGGCACCAAAUCGAGGAAAUUGUGACUGAUGUCUUAUUUCCAGGCUUGUUUAUAGAGUAACUAAGAAUUUGUGGGUUUAGUAAAGAAAGUUAUUUAUGGAAGUCAUUGACGAUAUUAAAAAAGUAAGAAAAGAAAUGUCAUGGCAUCCAGUUAAAGAAAACCCCUGAGUUAAGACUUCUUGUUUUGCUCUGUGGUCCAGGCAUCUUAAAAACAAAUACAGUACGCGAAUAAACCUGAUAUCUAAGAACGAAAGUCCAUAUUUAGACUGAUUAAAACACAGAUCCUAUUUCUUUUCGGUUUUUUUAAAAUUCAAAAUUUCGUUUUACUUGUCUAGAGUUGUUAUAUAACCCGCGUUCCUAUUAGUGUGAGGGAUUAGCCAAUGAAAUGGUCUGUUAGGGCAAAUUUUUGGCGUGAGUUGCAUAAAGCUGUGGGUAACCCACUAGAAACCUCAACACUGAUUGGUUAAUCAAAUGUCUAAUGUCAUAGGGUAAAAAGACGCUUGUAUGACCACUGACGCGACCUCCCGUGUAGAGGCCUUCGAAAGUAUUAAAAAAAAACGAAACGAAAGAUAGAUCUGUGUUUUAAUCAAAUUGACUAGUCCACUGCAAAUAAACAUACCGGUCCUUUAAAAACUUUACCUGUGUAAAAUCAGACUCAAGUGUCCUACUUUUAAAGUUAAAGAAGAAUCUCAAAAUAAUAAUUCUAUGUUUCAGUCUAGUUUUGUUAAAGGGCAUUUCUUAAUUUGAUGGUAUGCUAAUUUUACGAGUCCAUAUUUCCACCCCUUCAAUGUAUAACCGUAUAUUUUUUGUAUUUAAAAAUAAUUGGUUAUUUUAGUGCUAUAAGACAGAUUAUCAAUAUGUAUGCCUACUAUAAUUAGUUUAUAUUUAUUUAUCGAUAGAACACACAUAGAAUAUUUUUUUUAAGAAUAGAAACCAGUUUUAAAUAAUUUUGAUUAUUUAGUAGACAAUUAGUAUGGAGGGGUAUUCAUUCAAAAAUAAUGUCUGUAGUUAUGUCACAACACUAUACACGAUUCCUCGGUAGGUUUGGUUAACUCCACAGUCCAUAUUUUGGAAUCGCCAUUUUGAACAAUCGUGAUAGACUAGCAUAAGACAUGUAUCAUGUCUGCAAUAGAUGAACAAACAAAGAUGGUUGGAUUUGUGGGCAUAUUGCUUCAACAGUUAAAAAUGCAGAUCUGCAGACAUUUUAUAUUUGACAUGAAUAUUAGUACCCCUAUAAAUCAGUAGAAUUAUUUUUCAGGCAAUUAUUUUAAUUUUUUUUCUCAUUUUAUUUAUUUUAGAAUCUAAGUCAGAAUAGCCAACAGCAUUGAUUGUUAUAUAAUAUGUAUUACCUGUCGUUUAAUAGAGAGAUUUCGUAACUUUACAUUUACACUUGCAUAUACAUUUAGACGGUAAAAUGUCAUUAGUUUUUGUGACAUGACGUGAAGCGCACGUCAUAAAAGUGUGUCCGACGGAUAGCAGCCUCUAUAUCUGUAAGUUCACAACACUUAGCUAAACCUUGUUUAAUUUCUAUAAUCGAGUUCACAAUUUUUCUCUGAAUUGUGGUUUUUCACUAACUAAAUCAACAGAGAAGACCUUCUCCUUCGUGUAGAUACAAUAAGAAUAGGCCGAGACAAAAUAUGUGCGUACUUUACUAAUCUCAUCUUUAAUAAUCUAUCCGUGAUGUAGGCCUAUCGAGAUCGUGGACCAAGUUUAUGUCGCCACCUACUAAGUGUAACUGUAAGUGUGAAUUUAGCGAAACAUGUAAAUGUAAGUGAAACUGUGAAGUUGGGAAACCUCUCUAUUAUGUAACUGAGCCAUGUUUCAAUUUGAAGAUGAUUUGUCUAACAUUAUGUUUUAUUAUGUAACCAAAUUCCAGAUUAUUUAUCUGACAUUAUUUACUCAAUUUAAUAAUGUUUAUACUUCGAGUUUAAUCAUUUCUCACAAGAAAUCUAUAUCUUCACAUGCCUUAUUUUCACAUGCUUCAUUUUUUGUCCAUAUUUGGUUGUAAUUUGUGAAAAUAUAUUUCCUUAGUCUCAUCAAAACUAUAGUUUUCUUACUUUAAAUUAAAUUAUAGCCACCAACAUGAGAAUUCCAUUUUUGUUUAUUAUUUUGUAAUUUUUAUCUUUUUUUUUAAAUACUGUUUGUAUCGAGUCUCUAUUCAAUGUUUAUUUAGAUUCACUUGAAAACAUAAUAAAAAUACAACUUCAUUUUCAUAGGGUUAAUUCUUGGCACUGUCAACUUCUUAUCUUAAAGGGAAAAUCCCCAGAUAUAUUUUAAUAAAAUAAAAAAUGUAUCCAAGUUCCGUUCUAUGGCACCUUUUCAAAGAAAUACAAGCUUGGUCCCUAUAUUUCAUAGUGUAUACAUGCCUGGAUAAUCAUGUCUAUACUAGAAGAAGUUACAGCAUUAAAUGAUCUGACAUGAUUAUCAAGUCACUUAUACAAUUGAAUGAAAUGCCUUAAAAACAAGUUACAUAAUCCUGUUGACCAAAUCUGGCCAUCAUUUCCGAAUUGCUCAAUAUUUUGAUUUGAAGGUAAUUUGUCGUGACAUUUUGAAAUGGAUUCACAUAAUUUGUCCAAUUGUUAUUUCAAUGUCCCGUAAAAUCGGGGACUGGCCUUUAGACCAUUUCUAGAAAUAAGGGUUUAACAUCUUGAAUUCAGGGUAAAAAUUUCAAAGGUAAAGAUGUUGGUGACAAUCUGUUAUCAGAUUUUAUUUUUAUUCCUUGCAUGAUAAACUGUGAAAAUUUGCAAUAUUAAAUCUUAGAAUACAAAUAUUAAUAAGUUACUCUUAUACAGCCCAAGUUUGUUUUAAAUCACCCCUCAUAGUCACGAUUCCUUCCUAAUACUUCAUCACGUUGGUAAACAAACGCGUUAUUCAAUCCCAUCAAUUUGGCCCCUGGUAUGUUUUAAUAUUAAGGAAUUUCUAUAAAUUUAUUAUUCAGUGUAUCCAAUUCCACACAACUUACAAUAAUGUUUUUACUUACAAAUGAGGCAUACUGAAAAAUGUCACGCCUUCCAUAAUUAAGGUUAAUUGAAAAAAGCUUUGUUUUAAUGGAAGAAUUUGUACAUUGCUAAGUUUCCAUAAGUACAUUAAAUUGAAAAGUUUUGUUUUUAAGAAAGAAUUUUGUACAUUGCUAAGUUUCCAUAAUUACCGUUAAUUGAAAAAAAGUUUUGUUUUUAAGAAAGAUUUUGUACAUUGCUAAGUUAUAUUUGCCAUCUCCUUAAUUUUUCGUAUCAGAAAAUUUUCUGGUUUAAUUUUUAUGUUUGGGUUGUGAAAUGUUGUUAGCACAUGUAUUAUAUGUUUGCACGUAAUUAUUUGUAUAUAUUCAAGAAUUUAAGGGAGAGAAUAUUACGAUUUGUAUAUUAAUAUCUUAAAGUUAAAUUUUCCUUAAAUCAAGAUUGAAGAAUUUUAUUGAAUUGUUUAUAUAAAUUUGGUUUGCUACCCAAACAAAAUGGCAUUCUUCUCUUCUCGUCUGUAACUUGUUAUCUAAAAUUCUCUUCUAUGUCUGUUAACUUUAUAAAUGUAAUUGCAACUUACCCUCAAUGUCAGAGAAUGUUCAAUUUAAGCAAUAAGAAAUAGAUAUAAUUUAGUACUGGGCCACAAGCAGAUUAUGGGUGGUUGGAUGGCUGAAUGGUUAGCGCAUGCGCGUUGACUCAUAAGGUCUGUCAUUGAGUCAACUGACAUGGUUUUGAUUCCCUGGUUGUACGUGACUAGGAGUAGGGUCGCUUGUUCUACAUCAUGGGUUUUCUCUGGGUCCUCCGGUUCCCUCCCACUGCUAAAGAAACCUACGUGCAAGCGAAUUAAUGAAAUAAAAUUGAACCAUGUUAGUCCUGAAAUGACCUAGUUUGUGUCAAGUGGACUUUAAAACCCAUCUCUCUCUCUCUCACUAGCAGAUUGUAUAGUUUUACCAGUAUUUGAUUGCAGUUCUUAAGAUGACAAAUCAUGAAAAUUGUAGAAUUUUUGCUGGUCUGGAGAAAGAAAGUGAUCAAUUGAUGCAUGUUGACUAUAGAUGUACUGUCAGGACUGUUGAUGCUCAAAUUAGAUUUAUGCAAAAUGAAAGACUAGUUGGUCAACGAUCUCCUAGUUAUUUUAGUAACAGAUUCUUAUCGGACUCUGUCUUAAAAUCGGUUACUAAAGUAACUAUAGAUCUAAUGCAUUUCUAGCCUCUUAUCUGCUUAUGGCUCAUUAUGUAAUUUAUAUCAAUAUAUUAUAACAGAUGACUGUGAAUAUUGUAGGUUAAGCUUUGAUCUCAGUCUAUGUUAAUAUUUACUUAACUUUCUGGUUUCAUUUCUUUCUACUGCUGCUUUCUGUGUUUUGUCAUAUUGACGGACUGCCAUAUAUAUGGGGCAAGAAUAAAUUUUAUUAUCAA